CGACACCACGCGCCUCGCCGCACCACACCACGUGAUUGUAUGAUCAGUCUAAUAAGAAAAUUCUGCACGAUGAAGCCGCCGAAUAGUGCUACAUGAAUUAACCUAAAAGAAGUGGCUGAAUUGAAAAUGGCCGCCCUGCUGCACGACGUGGACGUGCCCACGAAGAAGGCAACCUUCGGCAUGGGCUGCUUCUGGUCCAACGACUCGCUGUUCGGCGUUACCCCCGGCAUCAUCAGAACCAGGGUCGGCUACUCCGGCGGCACCACCAAAAACCCACAUUAUAGGAACAUCGGUGACCACACAGAAGUGAUCGAGCUGGACUUCGACCCCAAGUCGGUGACGUACGGCGAGCUGCUUGACAUCUUCUGGGCUAACCACGAGUACGGACUCACCACGAAGCUCAAGAGACAGUAUCAAUCCCUGAUCCUGUACCACGAUGAGGAGCAGCGCGCGGCGGCGGAGGCCUCGUACAAGGACAUGCAGGUGCGGUGCAAGGAGCAGUUGAGGACGGAGAUCGCGCCCGCCGGACCCUUCUAUCCCGCUGAAGACUAUCACCAGAAGUACAGACUUCAAGGCCACAAGGAUCUCUGCCGUAGUCUGGGGCUGGACUCUGGCAAGCUCCAGACCUCGCACCUGGCAGCCAGACUCAACGGCUACCUUGUGGGAGUGGGAGGAAUAGCUCAGUUCGAGAAGGAGGUGGCUAGCUUGGGACUGAACGAGAAGCAGGCGGAGUAUGUGCGUCGAGAGAUCGUACGCAACGAAGGCGGUGGAUUGGCGUGCUAGUGACGUUUAGUUUUUUUUAGAUUUAAGAUCAGUGGUAAAGAUUUUGGGUAGGCUUCGAACUAACCCAAUAUUUAUUGCCAGCAUUCAUGACGUCUAAAGUCGACGCUACAUAGUUGAUUUGUUCCAAAAUACACGCCAGCGUACUGACGCGUAUGCCUUUAUUAGUUAGAUGUCAAUACGUCCCACUUGUCUCACCAGUACAAUAUGGCGUCGGACUUUUCGAGCACUGGGCAGUGGCCAGUAUGCUAGGUUUUAUUUCUGAACCUAUACUUCGUUAGUGGAGUCCUGUGGCACCUGCCUCAGGCAAAAAGCGGCCAUAUUGCACGCAUGGUUAGGCCCCGUUUAUUUAAAUUUUUGCUCACCACUAAAUGACAUCAUCGUUUAAUAUUAAAAAUCAUUCUAUAGGAAAGUUUUGGUUUGUCAUAAAGUAGAUUAAGAGCGGGCUGUAAAAUUUUGCUGUAUUUUCUAAUAUUUUCUAGUAUUACAAUCCCGGAAGACGAUUGACU